AUGCCAUCCGCCAAAGAGCAGAGGUAUGGGCGUGAGCGCGAGCAGAACGGCGAGCAUGACCGCCAGCACAACCACAAGCAUGACUACAAGCAUGACUGCUGGCCUGGAUGGUCCCUCAGUCACCAAGCUGACGAUUACGAGCUGCGCCUGUUUGUGAAAGAGCUGGAGAACAGCUUUGGGUGCGACCGACCUGCAGGCGACGCGACAGGCACUAUGCCUCCUUACAAGCCCGAGAGAGCCUACACGAAGAGUUCCAUCUCCACCUCAGACUCGACGGCGCAACUGCUCAAGUUCGACGCAGAGGCCGCCGUUGCCGAAGCUGUCGAAGACGAGCCAGCCGAUCGUAAAGACUGGAAGCCGGAGCGCAAGCAGUGGCUUGCCAUGAUCAGCCUAAGCCUCGUGUCCUUUGUGGUCUCGCUCGAUGCCACCAUCCUGGUGACGGCGUUGCCGGAAAUGUCCCACUCGCUCCGUGGAUCAGCCGCUGAGACGUUCUGGACGGGCACCGCCUAUCUCCUCAUUUCGGCCGUUUUUCAGCCCGUGAUCGCAGCAGCCUCCGCUUGCUACGGGCGCCAGCGGCUGCUCGUCAUGUCCAUCGUCCUCUUUACCUUCGGCACCGCGUUUUGCGCGGUGGCGCAUGACUUUGCCGUCAUGCUCAUCGGGCGCUGCGUGCAAGGCGUCGGAGGCGGGGGCGUCAUCGCCAUGACCCAAGUCAUCUUCUGCGACAUGGUUCCCUUGAGACAGCGGCCUCAGUACUUCUCCAUGGUGCUCGCCUCGUGGUCCAUUGGCAGCAUCAUCGGGCCAGUGGUCGGUGGUGCCUUUGUGGAGAGCGCCUCUUGGCGCUGGUGCUUCUACAUCAACUUCCCCUUCUGCUUCCUAGGGUUCUUUGCUGCGCUGCUCUUCGUCGACGACGUCGACGUGCCACUCGCCAAUCACCCGCGGCGCAUGGACUGGCUCGGCGCAUUCUUGUUUGUCGGCAGCACCACCAGCCUCCUGCUUGGCAUCUCCUGGGGCGGUACGCAGCAUCCGUGGGCAUCUGCCGCAACCCUCGCGCCCAUCCUGGCUGGCCUGCUUGGUGUCGCCGGCUUCGUCGCAUGGCAGUGGCGUGCACAGCCGCACAGCCUGCUGCCUGUCUCGCUGCUGCGCAGCGCUAGCUCGGCUGCAGCUUUCUUCUGCGCUCUUGUCAACGGCCUCGUCCUCUUCACAGGCCUCUACUAUGUGCCUUUCUACCAGAUGUCAGUGCGCGGCUCAUCGCCUGUCCGUGCCGGCAUCGAUCUCUUCCCCGCCGUUUGUCUCCUCGUCCCCGGCUCGGUCGUGGUAGCCAUCCUCACUUCGCGCCUCGGGCACUUUCGAUGGGCCAUCUGGCUGGGCUGGAGCGUCACUCUCGUCGCCUGCGGCUUGUUUACCGUCUUCGAUGAGCGCACCGAGAAGGCGGUCUUCGCCCUCGCCCUCGCGGUGUUCGGUGUGGGGAACGGUAUGGUGCUGACGAGCGUCAACGUUGCAACGCAGGCUAUCGCCAACCAGACCGUUGCCAAGAAAGAGGAUCGUGCGAUGGCUGCCUGCAUGUACGGCUUCAUGCGCAGUCUGGGCAUGCCCGUCGGUGUUGCUGUACAUCGCGCAGACGAUGCCCACGUGGUCGAUGCGCAGCCAGAACCAGGCGUGAACAUGAUCGGCGAAGACGUGGUAGAGGGUCGAGCUCGCGAAGCACAGAGCCGUAGCCACGAGGUACAACGAAACACCUACAGCAUCACGGGUGAGCGGACCCUGGUGAACAACGGCGAAGCGCACUAUGCUGGUGCCGAACCAGAGCGCGCCGAGUAG